AUGUACAUUAAAGUUCGACAGGUGCAACCACCACCUCAACCUCCUCAACCGUACCAGGACCAAAAUAAAUCAAAUAUAAGGCAAAAUAAAUUGAGCAAAAAACCAAAUCCUUGUUGGCACAAAACCAAGGGCCUUAUUUUAAGCAUUUUGCACUACAACAAAUUAUAUUUGGAAACCUGUGUAGCCCAUUGUUAUGUCUAUCUGGUCAAAAAUGGUUUAACCCUAUUGGAAAGGAUUUUCUGGUUUAUUUUAAUGGCCGUAUGUCACUACUUUUGCAUUUUCAUUUCCAUGCAAUCGGUUAUGCGUUUCAUGAAUAAAAACAGUUAUGUGGGCAUAGAGCGCAACUAUUUCGAUUGGAAUACCACGCUACCCAGUGUGACCAUAUGUCCAAUGGAGAGAUUACAUAGACAUAAAUUUGAUGAAUUUUGCGAAAUAUACGAUAUUACGGCCGAACAAAAAGCGGAAUUUUUCGAUUUUUUAGAACAUUUAGCCAAUUCCACCUAUUUCAAUUUUGAAGAUAUUCCUCUGCACAAAACCGUGCAAGGUACUUUGGAUAAAAUACGUGUGAAACCAAAUAGAUAUAUGGAGCUUAUAUAUAAUUUAACUGCUGACGAGACCUUGAAUCCCAAUGAGAAGCAACGUGUACGCACAGUGGACAAUGGGGCCAAUAUACAUACACGUCAAAUUCUCACGGAAUAUGGUCUGUGUUAUAUGACCAAUAGCUUCUUGCCUGAGCAAUAUACAUCUCGUUAUUUGAUAUUUGGUGAAUAUCCAGAGAAAAAUAUCUACGAAGAAGAGGCCCAGGUCAGACCAGUACAACAGGGCUCUUUUCCGGAUAAGUAUAUAGAUUUUAAUUUUAUAGGAUUUCAGUCGGCCAUGGAUUUUUAUGGCCACAGUGCUUUUGAUGUCAUGAAGGUGGAUAAUAAUUUCGGUUAUACUACCGAGAAUUUGUAUUAUGAGCCGACUGUUAAAGAAAUUACCACAACUAAAAACUUUGAGGCUGAAUCAAAUGUUCGCCAGCGUAAUUGUCGUUUUAAUCAUGAGUCCAAUUUAACCCAUUUUCCGAUUUACACAAAGAACUUGUGUAUGCAGGAAUGUCGUCUAAAUUUGGUCUAUAAAAUUUGCAAGUGUAUACCACAUUUCAAUCCAAAUCGAUUUGGUAAAGCCAAACGGGUUUGUGACUACAGAACUUUAAAAGAAUGCUUUCCUAAAAAUACUGCUUAUUUUCUUAAAAUGUAUCGCACCACGGCCCAUAAUAAAAUUGAGGAUAUAGCGCCCUGCUAUUGCAUGCAAAAUUGCAUGAAUUCUGUUAUAAGUUUAAGAGUAUCGUUUUUGACCAAAACUAAAGAAUUUUUUGGUGGCAAAGGUACUAUCCUAUCGAUGAAGGAAUGGCCUACUAUACGUUAUAAGAGGCAAACGAUAUUUACUUAUACGGAUUUAAUGGUUUCCAUUGGUGGCACGGCUGGUUUGUUUUUGGGCUUUAGCGUUUUGGGUGCUAUUGAAAUUGUGUACUUCUUUACCAUGCGCUUGAUGUUUAAUUUAUUGGGCUACAAAUUGUAA